AAAAACACAGCCUCUCUUUUUCUUUUUCUUUGUCUAAGAAAAAAAAGAGUACUGACCAAAGCAGAUAGUGAAGCAGCAAAGCAUUCUCUUUUAACAGUUUACUGUUCUUUGCCUUCCCCAUCCCUCUUCUUUGGCUUUGUUAUUGUUUUGGUUUUGGUUAAGAAAAGAAAAUAAAGACAAAAAAAAAAGAAAUUAGAAAAGAGAGAAACAUGGGCAGAAUUCCAUGCUGUGAGAAGGAAAAUGUCAAAAGAGGACAGUGGACUCCUGAAGAAGACAACAAGCUCUCUUCCUACAUUGCCCAGCAUGGCACUCGCAACUGGCGCCUYAUCCCCAAGAAUGCUGGUCUCCAAAGAUGUGGGAAGAGCUGCAGACUACGUUGGACUAAUUAUCUGCGCCCCGACCUCAAGCACGGCCAAUUUUCGGACAUGGAAGAGCAAACCAUUGUGAAGCUACAUUCUGUUGUUGGCAACCGAUGGUCGCUGAUUGCAGCUCAGUUACCCGGUCGCACCGACAAUGAUGUCAAGAAUCACUGGAACACUAAGCUGAAGAAGAAGCUAUCAGGCAUGGGCAUUGAUCCUGUCACUCACAAGCCAUUUUCACAUCUCAUGGCUGAAAUUGCCACCACUUUGGCCCCUCCACAAGUUGCACACCUUGCCGAAGCAGCGCUCGGCUGCUUCAAAGACGAAAUGCUUCACCUUCUUACAAAGAAGCGUGUCGAUUUCCAGCUCCAACAGGCUAACGUCCCACCCGGAAGCUCCACGGGAACUUAUAUUCACCUCAAACAAGAUGAGAAAGAUGGAACUGUUGAAAACAUCAAGCUUGGUUUAUCAAGGGCCAUUCAACAGCCUGAUCUAAUCUCCCCUUACAAGCCUUGGAGUUCUACUGAUGCUCCAACCACAAAUUUGGAGGGGACCAACGAUUGUUUCCCUGCAUCGACGUCGGGAUUUCAAUACGGUCCGACGUCUUUCGUCAACGAGGGGGAUGGGUCGUCGUGGAGCCAGAGCUUGUGUACGGGGAGCACGUGCACAGCCGGAGAACAGCAGGGGCAACUGCAUGAAAUCCUUGAAGAAAAUGGGGAGGAGCUAUCAGAGGGUGGAAAAGAGAUCAGAAAUGGGACAAGUAUAUUCAGCUCAGACUCUGUUUUGUGGGAUUUACCAUGCGAUGAUCUGAUGAAUCCAAUAGUCUGAGGAAGAUGACAACAAAAGAGAGUAAAAAUGCCACCAAAUUCCUAAAUAAUGUGUCUGCUUAAAUGAUGCAAUCAUGAAACUGUGAAUAGAGCUCACUCUACGGUGCUACAAUAAAGUGAAAUCAUAACUACAAUAAUUUUUUUUC